CUUCAUUGUUAGUAGCCCUUUGGUUUUUUGUGAGGAUUGCCGGGAAGAAAAUUUGUUUCAUUGUCGAUUUCUGUACUCUAAAGUGCUUCAGCCUCACAAAACUAUAACCAAAGACAAAUCUGUUUGAUUGGGGUACUACAAUGGGUAACACUUUUGGUGCAAAGAAGACCGCAAAGGUCAUGAAAAUCGAUGGUGAAACAUUCAAGUUGAAGACCCCGGUGAGAGUUGAGGAAGUUCUUAAGGAUCACCCUGGCCUUGUUUUGCUAGAUUCUGAGGCAGUUAAGCACUAUGGGGUGAGAGCAAAGCCUUUGGAAGGUCACAAGGAGUUGCAUCCGAAGAGGCUUUACUUUCUUGUGGAGCUACCCAAAGAGACGAAGCCAAGAAGGGUUCGUUCUGGCAUUAACAUGAGUGCCAAAGAUCGUCUAGAGAACCUUGUGCUUACUAGAAGGUCUGCUUCUGAUCUUUCAAUCAUGAAACAAAGCAACAUGGGUGAUGGUGAACAAGGCAGCAAGGAGAAUAGUAAUAAUGGUGGGGUGAGGUUGAAAAUGAGGCUUCCAAAAGCUGAGGUGGAGAAGUUAAUCCAAGGUAGCAAAAAUCAGGAAGAGGCAGCAGAGAGGAUCGUUAAGCUGUACAUGGCCAAUGGCAGCAGAGAAACUGAGGAAAAUGGUGACAGAGCUAAGGAGAGUACAAAGAAGAGGGUGAGCUUUAUGCCGAUCAACGAAGGAGGGACUCCAAUAGCUGCGGCUUCAUAAUUAACCACUCACCAACCCAAGGAGUUAUUCUUACACAGAGUUAAAUAAGAGUCAUGUUAUUUAUACAAUGCAUACAAUUUCAACUUGGUACACUUUUCUAGGUGUUUGUGUUUCAGUUUACAGAACAGAAGAAUAUUAGUGAAAAUUAAUUGCCGAUGUUGCGCACCACCUGUUUGAUUUGUGGCUAGUUCUAAAUCUAUGUAUUGUAUACAUAACAUUACUUCGUGAUGAUGUGUACAUAUUUUGGGGUGUCUAUAUGAUCUCCUCACAUAGAGACUAUACAUUAUAAAUUGAUAUUGACUUUCUAA